CGGUGGGUCUCAUUCCGUUCUUCUCAAAAUUCCACGUACUUCGUCUUCUUCCUCAAUUCUCUCUUUUUGCUGCUUCCGUCUCAGAUUCCACUGUAAGAAAACAAAAUUAAAAGUAGCAGUCUAUCUUCACAGAUUGAGGAGCCCUGUAAUUUGAUGGGUAUGUAUCUAGAAAUGUGCUCUUCGCGAAUCCAGAGGAAAAUACAUUAAUGUAUCUAUCUAUGCCCUCGUUUUUGUCGGCUGAGUAAAGUUAUUUCCAAUUUUCCCGAUCUUCGAUUUCUUUAUUUUUCUACGCUAUUUCUUGCAAUAGCAAGAGCGUUAAUUCCUCUUUCAGCUGCUUAAAUUCGAGUUGCAAUCGGCUGAAAAUUUGGGGAUUUUUUUUGGAUCUGUUUACUGAGCUGAUUUCGGUGGGUCUUCUCGAGAUUUCCGAUGAACUGCGCUUAAUUCGGACAAUUACGAGUUAUUUGGGGAAGGGAAGGAUGUCUUGGAAGACGACGAGAGGGAUUGUUGAAUCAAAUUCGAAGAGUUUCAUCUCAAGAAGGCUCACUGUAUUACUCUGUAUUUGCUGCUUCUGCGGUGGGAUGUUCUUCACCGACAGGAUGUGGAUAAUGCCGGACGGUAAAGACGUGUCACGGUUGAAGGGAAUUUCGGACGAAAAGCUGAAGUUAGUUUCGGAUGGCUGUAGUCCGAAAGUUGAUGUAAAAGGCGGAUCCAAGGAUGCGAUAGGGGAAGUUUUGAAGACACACAAUGCUAUAAAUACACUGGACAAGAAAAUUUCCGACUUGGAAAUGGAACUGGCUGCAGCACGGGCUGCACAGGAUUCGUUGCUUACCGGUUCCCCGAUAUCGGAAGACGUGAAGAUCCCCGAAUCGACCAAGAAAAGAAAAUAUUUAAUGGUAGUCGGGAUCAACACUGCUUUUAGCAGCCGCAAGAGAAGAGACUCAGUACGUGCGACGUGGAUGCUACAAGGUGAUAAGAGAAAAAGGCUCGAGGAAGAAAAAGGCAUUAUUGUCCGAUUUGUGAUCGGUCACAGUGCAACGUCCGGUGGUAUUCUUGAUCGAGCCAUCGAAGCCGAAGACAGGAAGCAUGGCGAUUUUCUAAGACUGGAUCAUGUUGAAGGGUACCUUGAGCUAUCAGCAAAGACAAAAACAUAUUUUACCACGGCCGUCCAGCUUUGGGAUGCAGAUUUUUAUGUCAAGGUCGACGAUGAUGUUCACGUGAACAUAGCAACCUUGGGAGCGACACUCGCUAGGCAUCGCACGAAACCGAGGGUAUAUAUAGGGUGCAUGAAAUCCGGUCCCGUUCUGGCUCAGAAGGGAGUGAGAUAUCACGAACCCGAGCACUGGAAAUUCGGCGAGAACGGGAACAAGUACUUUCGUCAUGCGACGGGACAGCUAUACGCGAUUUCUAAAGACUUAGCCUCGUAUAUCUUAAUAAACCAGCAUAUUCUGCACAAAUACGCAAACGAGGACGUCUCUCUUGGGUCGUGGUUCAUUGGACUCGACGUCGAGCAUAUCGACGACAGAAGACUGUGUUGCGGCACACCACCUGAUUGCGAGUGGAAAGCUCAGGCGGGUAACAUCUGCGUCGCCUCCUUCGAUUGGACGUGCAGCGGAAUCUGCAACUCUGCGGAUAGAAUCAAGGAGGUGCACCGGAGAUGCGGCGAAGGUGAGAAUGUUCUGUGGAAUACGGCACUCUAAUUGCGCAUUUGUUGUGGUCGAUCGUCCUGUCCUGUCCUGUCCCAUCUCGGGACGAGACGACGCUAAUAAGAUCCCUUCGGAAUUUACGUACAUUUCGGAAUUUCGGAUCCACAUAUGUAUGAUAUAUAUACAUAUAUAUAUAUAUACAUGUAUAUGUACGAGGAGGUUGCAAGAGGAAAUCUGCUCCCUUUUAGUCUGAGUAGAUUAGAUCAUUAUUUUGCAGUGUAGAGUUUGUAAAGAA